AGCUAGCAGGAGCUCCUCCUCCAUCACCCCACCCGUGAGGAGAAAGCCCAUGUCUAUGUCAGCUGCAGAGAUCUGUGUCCUCCCUCAAUUCUAAUCUCCCAUCUGAAUCUGACAUAACCGCUGUAAUAUUAGACGAAUUAACCGCUAUCAGCAAUCGCCAUGGCUUCUGGCAACGAAUGCAGCUAUGCUUUUGAGGUUUACAAAGAGACAGCUGACUGGCUUCUGGCACAGACUGAGCUGCGUCCAAAGGUGGCUGUUAUCUGUGGCUCUGGUCUGGGAGCCUUGGCUGAGCUGCUUGAUAACCAGACUGCCAUCCCCUACAAGGACAUCCCCCACUUCCCUCAGAGCACAGUGCAGGGUCAUGCUGGUAGACUGGUCUUUGGGGAGUUCAAUGGAAAGCCUUGUGUGUGUAUGCAAGGAAGAUUCCAUUUCUAUGAGGGCUACCACAUCAGCAAGGUCACCUUUCCAGUGCGAGUGUUCCACCUCCUGGGGGUGCAGACUCUCAUUGUCACCAAUGCCGCUGGGGGACUGAACCAGGAUUAUAAAGUGGGGGACAUCAUGUUCAUCAAGGACCACCUCAAUAUCCCAGGCUUGGCUGGACUCAACCCCCUGGUUGGACUCAAUGAGGAGUGGUUUGGCGUGAGAUUUCCAUGCAUGUCUGAUGCCUAUGAUAAAGACAUCUGCAGCAUUGCCAUGGAAACUGCCAAGGAGCUGGGUUAUGCCCCUUUCAUCCAGCAGGGGGUGUACGCCAUGGUAGCUGGACCUUCGUAUGAGACGAUUGCAGAAUGCAACAUGCUCCGAAUGCUGGGGGCAGAUGCUGUUGGCAUGAGCACUGUUCCGGAGGUGAUCCUGGCCAGGCACUGCGGGCUGCGGGUGUUCGGCCUGUCGCUUAUCACCAACAAGGUUGUGAUGGACUACAACAGCCACGAGAAGGUCAACCACGAGGACGUCCUCAAAACAUCCGCGCUUCGGGCAGAGGACUUGCAGAAUCUGGUCAGCUGCCUUGUGGCCAAGUUAGGGUAGAUACAAAUAACCAUGCUGUGUACUCUCAUGGAACAAGACCUGCUAGAUACACGUAGGCCAACAUCAGAGGUCCAUCUGGGAUCUCGUCUAUAAAUAUAGUCUAAUAUCUCUCAUUUCAAGGUUUUUCAACUGAAUGUCUUUCUCAAUCAGAUUUGUCUUAACUGAAACACUAAACAGUUUGCUGCUCUGUGUAGGGCGGGUGGGCUGCUGGUAAUCACGGGUUCUAGACUCUGCUCUGUGUAGGGUGGGUGGGCUGCUGGUAAUCACGGGUUCUAGACUCUGCUCUGUGUAGGGCGGGAGGUCUGCUGGUAAUCAUUAGCCCGAGUGCAAUCUCUUACAAGGUUCACUGUCUCAUUUAUGUUAACUCUUGAGGAGUGGGGGGGCCAGCAUGAUUGUUGUUUAGUAAUUAAGGGGUCUGAGUGAUGAAAAUGGGCAAUACAAUCACCACCCUUACUCUUGUGGUAAAUGAUCUGUUGUUUCCAAACUUUUUAACACUACUGUAUAUACUGUUAAUGUCUAUAUAAAUAAAAAAAUAAAUAUUUGACCGAA